GAUUCACGUAUAUCUCAUUCGUCGACCUUAUACAAUACAUAUUUGGUAUAUACCAAGUAUAUGUAUGUUAUAAUAUGGUGGAGUCUCAGGCCCUUGCUGAUACAACAAAAACACAUUGAUAAUUUCACAAUGUCAUCAACAUCUUCAAUUCAGUUUAUUGAUGGUGCACUUUCUUGCACAAGUCCUUUUGCUCUAUCCUACACAGACCCUUACAAAAAAUUGCUGAUCCGCAAGCACUUGAUCCUGCUUCUGCAAAAUUUCCCAUCUUUUCGCCCCUCUGUUGAAGCUUUCACACACAACAAUGGAAACAUUGUUAACCUUUUGUUUGCAGCAGGAGAGCUCCAUGUCUCCAACUCCACCGUUCCCAUCAAUUUAACAAUCUGGCUUCAUGAAGAUUAUCCCAACACGCCUCCUAUCGUAUUUGUUUCAUCAAAUUUAGGCUCUCAGAUACAACAAGACCAUCCUUUUGUUGAUCCCUCUGGCUCCACCUUGACGCCUUACCUUCAAACAUGGCUCUCCCCUCCAUGCAACUUAUUAGACCUUGUUCGCAACUUUGUCAAGCUGUUCUCUCUUGUACAUCCUUUUAAUAAUUCAAGCACUUUUGCAUCAAUAGAGCCUUCAUUGGUUUCAAGAAGGCAGGCCAUGGACCGGUUAUCUUGUGGACUUCACUACGACAUGAUGGCAUUGAGGACUGAGUCUGAGAAUGACAUAGAGUAUUUAUCAACCAUUCAAGCUGAAAUGGUGAAGCGAGUUGAUGUUACAAAAUACAUGAUCGUCAAACUUGAGGCCGAAAAAAGAAACUUGAAGAAAAAAGUGAAGGAAAUGACUGAGGAAGCUGAUGUUGUGAUGAACUGGAUUAAAGCUCAUGAUCAUGACAACAUAAGUGCUAAUAACAUAGAAGAUGUUUUCGAGACCGCAGAUGAUGAAUCACAAGUAGUUUUGGAAUGUGCAGCUGCAGACUUGGCAAUCGAAGAUUUGAUGUAUGCAUUGGACAAGGCUGUUGAAGAAGAGGUGAUGAGUUUUGAUCUUUAUAUCAAACAAGUGAGGAGCUUGGCUAGAGAACAAUUCUUCCACAGGGCCAAGUUAGUUAAGUUGAAUGCCAUGAGAAAUAGGUUGCAAAAUUGACUAUAUCAGCAAUUGACAUAGAUAUUGUGAGAUAAUACGAUCAUGGUUGCAAAAUUCGUAAAUGAGUCCUAUCCAAUUUAUGUUAAGUCUCUAGAAUUCAUUCAAAUUUUUGAGUAUGUGUACAUUAGUUGCAUCCGAUUUUAUGUUAAAAUUCGAGAAAUCAUCCAACAUCAUAAGUAUUUGUUAUAAAUAUUGAAAA